AAAAAAAAUUGAUAGCUAUUGUUUCCCUUAUAGUAAAGGAAUAAAAACCCUGAAAACCCACCAAAAUAAACUAAGUUUAAGCUGUAUUUUUCACAUAGAAAAACCCCGUCUCUCCCCUGAGCAGGGAAGGUUGGAACUCAAUACUGUCAAACCCCCUCCCAUUAAGGGGGAGAGAUGGGGGUUUCUAUGUGGAAACACAGGGUUCUUCCUCCUUCACUAUAAGGGAAAUAAUAGCUAUUGCCUUUGUGGAGCUGUGUCCUGUAAUCUGAUGAGCUGACCAGUGCAGGUGUAAUAGUCCAUGAAGGCAGAGAAGUAAGGGACAAGCAAGCAAACUGGUUGUUAUUGGCCAAGUGCUUUGAGCACAGAAAUAGCUUAGUAUCCAUUAUUCUACCUUCCCGCCAAGGUCCCACCGCACCGAGCAGUUGGUGUGGGGGUAGAAAUAUUCCGCAAAAGAUACAGAUUCCACAUUAGAGUUAAAUAAAUACUCUAGCUAUGCGCUCUGAUUGGUCAGCCAGUCGGCAUGCUGGGAGGAUAGCCUCCCCAACCCCACCCUGUGCUGGGCCAUGCAGCCUUCAUUCUACUGCAGAACUCGUCUUGACUUCACGUUUUUCUCUUCGCUCCAGUUUUUGUCAUGGUGAGUUCCUGCUUUUCCUAGGUUAGCCUGUCUUUUGACAGAGGUUGUGUGUGUUUCUUUUAGUCCCGUUGUGCCCAGGCGGGAAACUGUUUUCGUCUGUUCACGCGGAGCAGGCCUUCUGCCUGCCUCUUUUAGGUACCCACGUGGUCUUCCUGUUUUUUGCCUGUUGUGCCCUGUCAUGGGUGGUGCAGGAUUGGGAGACCCCUGUGGAAUCUCGAUCUACACUGCCUGCCUUUCAGGCUUUACAUAAAGCCUGGACGAAGGCUAGAAAGGCUUUUGCGAAGCGUGCGGGCCCCCCUUUGCAUUCGGUGGACUCCUCCCUCAGCGCCGAGUUGGGCUUGUAUCGUGCACGCGCCACCUCCACAUGUUCGGUGGGGUCUGAAGGCAUCUCCCUUCAGCCCAUCGGCACUGGGGCCCAGGUUCAGUCUCCUUUCAUGGACGACCCCUUUGGGGAGUGCAUUAAGGAGACAGCCCCUCAUGGUGCCUCCGGCAACACGCUUGUUCCUCUCCCCGCCGUAGCAGGAUGCCCUCGGGCUCCUCUCGCCGGAGGAGAUGGACUUGCUCUAAGGGGAGGUCCAGCGCGAAGAGGUCCCGCCGUUCGUGGUUGCCCUCUAGUUCUCAUUCCCCGUCAUCGGUCUCAUCCACCUGUUCUCAACACUGCAAGCGUUCUCUUUGCACAGAUUCGGACGGCACCGUUGACUGGAGACAGAAGGUGAAAGAGAUCCUUUCUGACAUCUUGCCUUCAUGCUUGGCAGAGGCUGGGCUGGGUGUGCCCCCCGCGGCUCCCCCAGCCCCGACUCCGGCCCCUCACUCUCCUCCUCAGGCGUCAGCUGUGCCCUCGACCUCAACUGCCUCAGUGGCUGUUUUCUUGCCUCCAGAGCAGCCGACGAGGGGCGGGACGGGCUCCGAGGACAAGGAUGAGGCCUCUUUUCCCCCUCUGAGUCAGGUUCCUCCUCCUUCCUCUCCUCCCUCUUACGGCAUCUCUCCUCUGGCCUCAGUGGACUUCCUUCCUCUCCUCCCUUUUACGGCAUCUCUCCUCCUCUGGCCUCAGUGGACUUUCACCCCUACAACUGGCUCUCCCUUCCCCCCACUUGGAUUCAUCAGAUGGAGAUGGGUAAGCUGGUGGCUUACGCUCCUAAUGAGGCUCACCUGGGAGCGUUUGGGAUCCCGGGAUGGCGGUUUCCCUGAGGUGUUAUACAGGGCCAAACCCCUAUCAACUCCUACUCCACUGCCAACGAAGUUGUCCCCGACAGCUACACUGGACGCAGUGUCUGUGUUGUUAAACAAUCCCAGAGCUACCACGUCCCAGUCCCACUCCAUCGACUCCUCGGGUGACACCCCAUCUGGAGUUCGCCCUGUCAACCUGCUUCCCCGGCGAACACUCUCUGAAACUGCUGGACAUGGCAUCCAUGCUUGAGAAGGCCUCUGACCAUGGCAAGAGCAACUUUCGAUGCCCGGCGCCUCUUUCAGAGUCCUGUCGUCUACCACCCACCAGGGCCGACCCUCGCCUUUCCUCCUGCCUGGAGAGGCUCGACAGACCCCUCACUCCCCCACCAGGUACGGGAGCCAGAGCAGCGUCUGGCGGCAGCAGAGUCACUUUCCCGACAGAAACUUGCCCACCGCCUGUCUACAGUGGGCCUCGUUUCCCUCCUGCGAGACCACCUGCACAAGCUGGCCUCCACGUUUCAGGACUGUCCUCCUGAGGAGUUGCAAUAAGUAGUGUAUGCAGGCCGCCACAGUAGUCUAGACUCCGCGGUGGCCUAGACGCCACCCUGGAGUAUAGAUCUCCGCCUUGCCCCACUUCGUCUUCCUCUUCCCCUCGGUGGCCUGGUCUCUUGUCGCGGCGUCCAAGCUACCUCUAGGCCACUCCCUUCCCUAACUUUUUGUUUCCCACAGCGAUAUCUUGCUGACGUUAGCAGACGUAGCUGAGGGCACAGCAGGGAUGAUGGCUUUCGACCUGCCCCACCUUGCGAAGUCUUUCGCCGAAAAUAGGUUGGAGGCACGACAAUCGGCCGCGAGGGAAGUCCCGGAGGCCGCCAGGAGGGGCGUCGUCAGGGCUGAGCCCCUCUCCACGGGACUGUUCGACCCCAUGGCAACAGACAGAGUCUUCUCUGUGCCUACCAUCAUUCAGGUCACUCCUCAGCCACCUGCCAGACCUCGUCCGACCCCGACAAUGGCGCAGCGCCAGAUCCCCUCGUACCGCCAGCCCUUUCCAAGGAAGAGGGCGCAACCAGCAUACCAGCAGGGGUACAAAAAGGUGCUUCCAACUACUUCCCAAGGGUAAGAAGCAGCCCAACCAGCACCGCGGGACUGCGGACAACGUCAUGUCCACCUCCCAGCGGCCUCCCUACCGCAGCCGGCAAGGGAAGGGGAACUAGGCCACGCCUCGGCUGUCUCCUGGGGUGGUCCCAUGCGUGGCCGCAUCAUGGAUGGGCAGCAAGAGUGGUCUCCAAAGGCCUCUCCUAGCCCUGGAUAACUCAGCCACCGCUGCGCCUGCCUCCACAGCACUCCAAGAUUUGGUAGUCUGUUUUACCUCACCUCAAGGAGAUGCUAGAGAAGGGCAUUGUGGAGCCAGCCAAAGGGAAGGUCUUCUUGUCCUGACUUCAUGGUUGCCAAGAAAAAUUCGGACAAAACAAGACUAGUUAUGGACCUGAACGCUCUCAACAAGUUCCUGAAGCCCCAACGCUUCAGGAUGGUGUCGGCCACUCAUGUCCGCACAGCUCUUUAGAAGGGAGACUGGCUAGCGUCUCUGGAUCUCCAGGACGCCUACUGGCACGUGCCCGUCCACCCCAGGUUCAGGCGUUUCCUUGCCUUCCAAGUGGGGACAGACACGUUCCAGUUUACCAGGCUUCCUUUCAGACUCUCGUUGGCCCCGAGAGUAUUCACAAAGUUACUAAAGGUGGUGGCUGCCAAGCUGGUUUUGCAAGGAGUCGCUACCCUUAUGUACCUAGACAACUGGUUAAUACUCUCCUACCAAGGAGGGUGUAACAAACAGUGUGUCGGUGAUGUUGAAGAUUCUGGCAGACAUGGGGUGUAUUGUCAACCUCUCCAAGUCCGCUACUACCCCUACGCAACAGCUAGAUUGGCUUGGCUUGGCUUGGUAUUCGUUGGGACACAACGACAGCCUCCCUUUCGCUGGCUCCAGACAAUGUCGCCCGCACCCUCCGUCAAGUACGUCGGGCGUACUUCUCCAGCACCUACUCGAGGAUACAGUGGGAGUCCCUCCUCGGAGUGCUGAACUUCACCGCCCCGACUCUCCCCAUGGGGCGCCUCAAGCAUCGCUGCCUGACGAGGGAGAUCAACCUCGCCAUCCCCCGCCUUCGCCGGGACCUUCAGCGACCAUUACCACGCCUCCUACUUCGCCUCCUGCGCCCCUGGGUUUGUCCCUGGGCUCUCCUAAAGUCUGUCCCCUGGGUUCCACCUCCACCUACACUGACAGUGGCAUCAGAUGCGUCAGACGUGGGUUGGGGCUUCCAGUCAGACCGAGAUCACCAAGCUUACGGAGGAUGGACAGAGGACUUAAGAGUAGCCCACAUCAACGUAAGGGAGCUGUGGGUAGCGAAGGAGUGGCUACUGCGACAUCGGCACCUCACCGGAGUGUCGGUGAGGUUCGACAUGGACAACAUAACGGCAGUUUAGUGCAUCCAACAGCAGGGAACAGCUCGUUCGUCCGUCUUCUCACGCUGUCGGAAAAAACUCUCUCUCUGGCUGCCAGCAACGGAGUGUCAAUUUCCACUCAUUACGACAGAGGCAGGGACAACAGUUGGGCAGACGCUCUUUUACGAUUCAAGGGCACGUCAGUGGAGUGGCAACUCUGCCCGAAGGUGUUCCAGUCCCUCACCCUCCGCUACGGGACUCCGCAAGUAAACCUCUUCGCCUCUUACAGCACGGCUCAACUGCCUCUCUUCCUGACCUACGACAGGAGGACCCCAGCUGGACACAAUGUUCCCGGAACCCACCGCAAGGUGGCACUACAUGACGAAAGCUUUGAUGGAACACAACAGAAUAGUUUAGUACAGAUUUGCCAGGUAAUGAUGUGGAACGUCUAAUUAUCUAUGAUGCAGUCACUCUGUCGAGGUUGUACCACGUGGAAUACCUUGGAAUGGCCUCAAAAUUGAAGGAAACUAUGAGAAAUAUAAGAACCAGCAUUGUUUUCGGCAAAAAAGUGGCAUUUAAUCGAAAAGGCAUGAGCCGUGACAUCACAAGUGAUCUUGAUCUUGAUGUUACAGGCCAAAACAUGUGGAUAUUUGAGUUAUUUUUGACAUAUUUGUACAUCAUGAAUAAUGUUUGAUGAUGAAUGGGCGAAGUAUUAGUGACAUGGGCAUCUAAAAUAGUGAAAGAAAUGUUAUAUAAUGUAUAUGCGAAUACUGCGAUGAUAAAUGUGGAUAUGGCACGUAGCCUCCGUGUUUAUCGCCGUUUGAGUCUGGUGUGACGUAGCAAGGUACCAGAGACUUUUCAGGGUACGAUACAACAAGAGGUGGUGAGUUGCUGGGGACGAGGGAGUGUACGAGUGUCAGUCAGGAAGGGAGAUCUGUUUGGCGAGGUGGCACGAAAACGGAUCACCUAAUAGUAUCGCAGCCACACCUGCGCUGCUCAUGCAUCUAGAGCAAGGCUGGAAACCGGAUCGGGGAAACUCCACUACACUACACCGGGGGAGAGAGUGAAAAAAAAAAAAGUUGGCGUUAAUUUUUGUUAUGUGGCGCUUUUGAAUUUUGUUUUAUUAUUAUUAUUAUUUUAAUAAUAUUAUUAUUAUGUAAAAGAUUUGAAUGCAAAGCAUGCACACAGGAUCUCUCUAAGGACCACCUGUUUUACGCCUCGUGGUCCACCAGGCCCCUGACACCUCGUUUCUUGGCCCACCUCCUUUGCAAGAUCAUAGAGCUAGCAGAUCCGGGCCAUUCUCCGAGGGCCCACUCCAUCCGUGGCCUCGCAGCUUCCCUAGCCUUCCUCAGGACACACUCAGUGGAGCAGGUCAGGGACCUGGGUGGUUGGACUUCCACCUCGUCCUUUCGGACCCGCUAUCUCCUCCACUCCGUCUCCCAGGCCCCAUGCGUAGCCAUGGGUAUACAUGUCAGUGGAUCCUCUCCUACAUGCUCGACUAAUGAGAAGAAGGGACCCAAGGUCGAGAAGGAGAACACAGUAGUUCAGGAGACA